AUGGUGGAUAGUGUAUCGUAUUUCCUUGGGCAGGGUGGUAAAGGUGAUGACAACAAAAAGGCCGAUGACUCCAAAAAUAAAGAAGAUUUGCAAGUAGAUAAAACGCAGGCGUAUCCUGUUUGGACUAAUGAGAAUGGAGCAGAAGAGGAUGCAAAGAAGAAAGGCAGUAAAGAAGAGAAAGGGAAUGGGAACGAAGAGAACAAAGGCAAAGACGAGAGAAAGAGUGAGGACAAACGAAGUGUCGAUGAAAAGGGAAAUGUUGACAAACGCAGUAGUGAAGACAAGAAGACUGGAGAUGAAAAGCCAGGCAAAGAGACCAAAAAGAGUGAAGAAAAGGUGGGGCGGCCUAAAACAAGGAAAAGUGAUGACGAGAGCGGCGGCUGGAGAAAAUACCGCAAAGAAGCUAAAACGCAAUGGUAA